UCUCCGCCGCUCCCCGUGUCCUGCCCCUCCACCCCGCUCCGCCGCCUUCCGCUUCCUGCGCGCGGCGCCCCAGGGCCCGCGGUCCCCGCGCGAUUCACGACGGGCGCUGCGGAGGUUGUGCCGGGGCCUCGCGGGGCCCGCGGGGGGCGCUGCGCAGGUUGCGCGAGGGGCGCUGCGCAGGUUGCGCGGGGGGCCCUGCGCGCGGCGCUGCCGGAGGGGCGGGAGGCGGCGGACAGAGGGCAGCGGCGGCGCCUCCGCACCAGCCAGGUGGUGUGGUGCACCCCUCCAGACAUCCCUGCACUCGCAUCCAGCCCUUGGGAGAGCAUGCCUCGUUGCUUGUGGUGAGCUGUCUGCAACCCUUGUCGUGGAGUUCCCGCUGUGCUGCUGAGGUGCUGCAUUACCCGGUACAACAACCGCUCUCGCUGGAAUGCUAAGCAGCUGCUGCGGCCCAGGAGAGUAAGGCCAGUGGUGGGAACAGGACUAUAAGUUCACUUCCAAAGGCUCUGAAACCACGAGUGAAGAACUUGAGUCAACCCAGACCAGUUCCUGUCUCCAAGCUGGACUGUCGCUAGCUGGAUGCUGUGGAAAGGACAGAGCCUUCGGAGCGCUGCGCUUCAAGUGAAUGCCGAUUGAGUGACUUACAAUGUGAGCCUGGUGUGGCGGCCGCUCCUUCCAGCUGGCUGAGUGUGCUGCCGGUGCCUCUCUGCAGAGACCUUCUAGCAUGCUCCUCCGAGCAGGCCACUCCACGGGCGCCAACAGCAGCCACUCGGUUCCAGGGACACCAGGCUGACUUCCUCCCAGCUGGGCGUUGGACCUGCAGAGCAGAGACAGCAUUAGGCUUUGGACAUCUCUUCCUCUGCCUGCAUACAUAUGAAGAGGCAGUGCUGGGCAUUAAAAACAGCUCAAGCCCACUCAGCUGCAGCGUAUGAGUUUCUUCUGGGUUAACCAGAACCAGUUUCAAGGCAGCUGGAAGAAGAUCCUCCCUCCCUUUCUCCAGGGUGCUGGGAUCUUUACCGCAGCCCAUGCCGCAGCGCCUCGCCUGUUCUGCCCGAGCUGCCCGUGCCGCUGGCUUGGACCUAACCUAGGAUAAAUCUCAGCGUGGCCCGGGUAGGGGGGAACCAUGGGGAGCUCUGCCUCGUCGCUGGCUGCAGAGACGGAGUCGGACCAUGGCUUCGGGAGUGCGCCCUACCCGGGGCACCCAGCCGUGGGCUGGUAUAGGAGUGCUCACAGUGGCCCCGUUUGGGAAAGUGCCCUUAUAACACGGCAGCAUCAGCAUUUACACCACCGGGUGCGAAGCCACUCCAACUCGCCUGGCUCCAUGGCUGCCGUCCGCGAGUGGUCCUGCACCCGCUGCACCUUUCUGAAUCCCGUUGGCCAGCGCCAGUGCUCCAUAUGCGAAGCCCCCCGGCAGAAGCCUGACCUCAACCACAUCCUGCGGCUCAGCGUGGAGGAGCAGAAAUGGGCCUGUGCCCGCUGCACCUUCAGGAACUUUCUCGGGAAGGAAACCUGCGAGGUGUGCGGCUUCACCCCGGAGCCGGGGCCCAGCACCUCCCCCUUGCCCGUCAUCAAUGGCAUCUUGCCCAAGCCCACUGUGCUCGUGGAGCCCAAGGGCACGUCCAAGGAGGAGUGUGCCAAGGCAGAAAGCAGCAGCGAGGACUCUGAGGGGAAGAGCCCCGAUGAGGCGGAGCUGGAGAGCGGCUGGGCUUGCCAGCGCUGUACACUGCACAACACGCCGGUGGCCAACUCCUGCUCUGCCUGCGGUGGCCCACGCAAGCUCUCCCUGCCCAAGAUCCCGCCAGAGGCGCUGGUCGUCCCUGAAGUCAUCACCCCUGCUGGAUUUCACAUCGCCCCCUCCACCCCGCAGCCUUUAGUCUCUGCAGAGAUCUCUGAUGGUGAUGCCGUGGCCACCCAAGGCCCAGUGGCUAUGGAACAAGAAGCCCAGAAGGUGCCACCUUUUAGUCCCUUCUCCCCGGGGCUCCAGAACAAUCCUGUUCCCCGGAGCCGUCGGGAGGUGCCCCCCCAGCUGCAGAUGCCGGGCCCCGAAGCCUCCCAGCCGGCAGCUCAGGGCGCAGUGGGGCAGAAGGGCUCUCCGCAGGGUGCGGCCAGGGCUGCCCCCGCUGUCCGCUUCCAGGAGCUGCUGUCCAACAAGCGGCUGAGCGUGCUGGAGGAGGAGAUGGAGGUCUGUCAGUCCCACUGGAAAUGCACCUCCUGCUCCCUGCUUAACUCCGCCGGGGCCAGCAAAUGCGAGGCUUGCAGCACCCAGAAAGGCAGUGACACAAUCAAUCUGGUGGGGGACUCGGUGCGAUUCACCCCCUGCAGCCCCUCCAGCCCUGACUUCACCACCUGGUCCUGCUCUAAGUGCACCCUCAAGAACCCCACCCUGGCCCAGAAAUGCAAAGCCUGCGGCUCCUCCAAGCUGCACGGCUUCCAGGAGCACAGCACACAGGGUGAGCCAUCCCCCCGCUGCCCCGACUGCGCGGCUUCUGACAAGGGUGCCUGCACCUCCUGUGGUGCCAGGGCCCCAUCUGCCCGCAAGGUUGCCCGCCUCUUCCCCUCCCAGCUGCCCAGUGGGCAGGAGAGGCCGGGCCAGUGGGCUUGUCCGGCGUGCACCUUGCUCAACGAGCUGAAGGCCAAGCACUGCGCGGCCUGCCAUACCCCGCAGCAGUACGUGGCCCAGCGCAAGGGCCUCAAGCCCCUGAAGAGGCGCGAGAGCAUGCACGUGGAGAAGAGGCGGCAGACGGAUGAGGGAGAGGCCAAAGCCCUGUGGGAAAACAUUGUGACCUUCUGCCGAGAGAACAAAGUCAAUUUUGUAGAUGACAGUUUCCACCCUGGGCCCAAGUCCGUGGGAUUCCCAGAAGGUGACAGCGUGCAGCAGAGGGUGAAACAGUGGCUGCGGCCCCACGAAAUCAACUGUAGCAUCUUCAAGGACCGGACAGUGAAGUGGUCGGUGUUUCGAACCCCCAGGCCCUCUGAUAUCCUUCAGGGACUGCUGGGAAACUGCUGGUUCCUGAGUGCCCUGGCCGUGCUGGCUGAGCGGCCGGAGCUGGUGGAAAGGGUGAUGAUCACGAGGACGCUGUGCCCCGAGGGUGCUUACCAGGUGCGGCUGUGUAAGGACGGCACGUGGACCACAGUGCUGGUAGACGACAUGCUGCCAUGUGAUGAGUGUGGAUACCUCCUCUUCUCGCAGGCCCAGAGGAAGCAGUUGUGGGUCGCCCUCAUUGAGAAGGCUCUGGCCAAGCUUCAUGGUUCGUACUUUGCCCUCCAGGCGGGGCGUGCUAUCGAAGGCCUGGCUACACUAACGGGUGCCCCCUGCGAGAGCCUGAUGCUGCAGGUCAGCUCCACUAACCCUCGCGAGGAGCCCAUUGACACUGACCUCAUCUGGGCCAAAAUGCUGAGUUCUAAGGAGGCUGGGUUCCUCAUGGGCGCGUCCUGUGGUGGAGGCAACAUGAAAGUGGACGAUGUGGCCUACGAGAGCAUGGGUCUGCGUCCACGGCAUGCCUACUCUAUCCUGGAUGUACGGGAUGUCCAGGGCUUCAGGUUGCUGCGGCUCCGAAACCCCUGGGGCCGCUUCUCCUGGAAUGGCAGCUGGUCGGACGAGUGGCCGCACUGGCCUGCUGCCUUGCGUCACGACCUGAUGCCCCAUGGCAGCAGCGAGGGCGUCUUCUGGAUGGAGUACAGCGAUUUCAUCAAGUAUUUUGACUCCGUGGAUAUCUGCAAGCUCCAUUCGGACUGGCACGAGGUGCGUGUGCAGGGCAUGUUCCCCAACAAGGCCAACGGGCCGGUGACGGUGACAUCGCUGACGGUGCUGGAGCGUGCUGCCCUGGAGUUUGCCCUCUUCCAGGAGGGCAGCAGGCGGUCGGACACGGUGGACAGCCACUUGCUGGAUCUGUGCAUCAUGGUUUUCCGGGCCACCUUCACCAGCGGGAACAAGCUGAGCCUGGGCCGGCUGAUGGCUCACAGCAAACGAGCCGUCAAGAAGUUCGUCAACUGCGACGUCAUGCUGGAGCCGGGCGAGUACGCUGUCGUGUGCUGUGCCUUCAACCACUGGAGCGCUGCGUUGGCCGGCUCCACCGCCGUCCAGGCAUCCAGUCCCACCAGCAGCCGCCCAGCCACCGAUUAUUCCAGCUAUAUCCUAGCCAUCUACAGCUCCCGCCUGGUGAUGGUGGAGCAGGUAGAGGCGCAGCCCACCACGCUGGCGGACGCCAUCAUCCUGCUGACUGAGAACAAGGGCGAGCGGCACGAGGGCCGCGAGGGGAUGACCUGCUACUACCUGACACAUGGCUGGGCAGGACUUAUUGUGGUGGUGGAGAACCGGCACCCCAAGUCCUACCUGCACGUCCAGUGUGACUGCACUGACAGCUUCAACGUCGUCUCCACGCGUGGCAGCCUCAAAACACAGGACAGCGUCCCCCCCCUGCACAGGCAGGUGUUGGUGAUCCUCUCCCAACUGGAGGGUAAUGCCGGCUUCUCCAUCACCCACCGCCUGGCGCACCGCAAAGCCGCCCAGGCCUUCCUCAAUGACUGGAUGUCGACGAAGGGCACCCACAACCCGCUGCUCACGCCCGAGGUCGCCGGACUCCAUGGCCCGCGGCCCCUAUGACGAAGCGCCUCCCCCUCCCCACUCCGCUCCCCCAUUAUUUUCCCCGAGCCCCUGGCCCGGGGUGCUGCCCUGAGCUGUCCAUGCUGAGCCGUGAGGCAGAGCUGGAGCAUCCCAGCCAGCACUUUGCCCUGCGCCUUUGGGCUGGGGCGAGCUCUCAGGCCCAGGACCAGCUCUGCCUGCCGCCCUGGCACCGUUGCCCCCCUACGCACUUUAUGAGGAGCGACUGGGGCCAUGGGGCCAUCUCAGGAUCCCACCUGCCCCAUCCCUGCGCUGGGCUCGGUGCCCUCGGCCGGGCACGUGACGGGGAGCUGCGGGAGAAGGGGGCUGGGGGUCACUGUCAAGGCCCUUCCCAGGCUCCGUGCUCAGGACUCUGCCCCCUCCCGCGGUGCCAGGGUCCUGGCACUGCAAACAAAAACAUAUACCUCUGACGUCUGUCCGUCUGUGUGCCCCUCCGUCUGUCCCUGGGCCCUUCCAGCUGUCUCAUUCCCCACAUCGUCCGCUGCCAGGACCUACAUGGCGCCAAGGUACCAUAGCCAGGCAGGGGGGGAAUGCAGCGGUCACCCUGCUGCAGUGCUGCUCGUGCCAGCUGCUCGUGGCGGGGCUCCUGGCCCCCCAUCCAUCUCGCCCAUCCUGGUGCUGGGGCUGGGGAGCAGAAGGUGCUGAGUUGCUUUAGAAAGCAGCUGCCACUGGGGUUUCACUGCACCUCGGGGUGAGAUGUGGAGGUGCCCUCCUGCACUGGAGUGGGGCUGCGGGGCGAUGUUCGGGGGCUGUGAUAGUGAGGACCCCCCUCAACUCCUCACCCAAGCGUUACUAUGCAAAGGCGGCCACUGGAAGCAGUGCCUGGAGAGAAGCCAUGCGCCCUGAGCUGCGCGCAGACCCCGCCACGCUGGUGGAGGCCAGGGGCAGCGGGUGCGGAAUUGGGGCUCGGGGAGCAGCUCCUCGCGGCUUCACCCCUUGUCCAUGUGUGUGGAGGGAAGGAGCCAUUUGGAGAGCAGGGGAAGUGGGGAGCGCAAGGCAAAGCUUUGCAGGAGCCUUGGGGUGCUGCUGGUGCCAGCGGGGGCUCCGUGGUGGGGCUGAACCCAUGGUUUCAGGGCAUCGUGGCUCUCUGGCUCGAUGUGGGCCUGUAUGUGUGUGUGUGUAUGUGUUCAUGUGUGUGCGCACAUGUGUGUGUGUGUAUUUUGGGGGCCCUGGCAUUGCCUGCUCCUUCCCGUGUGGCCCCGCAGGGUGGUGGGAGCUGCUGGGUCCCCAUGCUGGGGGCAGCCUGCACCCCAGCGCCGGGCAGAGCAGUGGGGUUUGCCCAGCGUGUCUGUCUGUCUGUCCCACCCUGGGGGAGCCUGGGGGGCUGCGCUGGCCCCUUCCCGGCCCCCCUGGCCAGGGGAGUGAAGCUCUGUCUCUGGAUUUGUUUGUUGUCCUGUUUUCCCUCUUCCCUGCUCCUUCCUCCACCGGAUGAUUUGUCCUCCCCAUUUUUCUCUCUCCCUUUCUGUCUUUCUGAGCUGUGAAUAUUUUUAACCCUGUAAAUACUGUCCAGCUCUUCAGAAACAUAGGAUAUUUUAUCAAUUGUAAAUCGGAGCAGUAAUCCCUGUAUGAUACGGAUUAUCCAGGGGUGGGGUUCAAACUCAGGUUCUGACGGACCAAAUAAAGUUUUGUUUUUUACGGAA